ACGCUGCGGGGCUCCCGCCACCCCACCUCUCGCGAGAGCUAGAGGGCGGAAGAUGGCGGCGACGUGAAGUUGCUGUCGUGCCGCCGAGUCGCCGCGGCCUCUGCUGGAGCCGCCGGAGCCGCAGGACAAAGAAGCCGAGCCGGGUCGAGGAUGGAGGAGGAACCCACGGGACCCAGUCCGAACAUGCUCACCACUGCAGAGCCUACCUCCAGUGACACCGUCAAGGAGGUGUUGUCCCCACUUGUGGCCGCAGCUGCCGCUGCCUCCUCCAUGGGGGAGGAGCCAGGCCUUGACCAGACAGCCACACCCCUGGCAUGGGGACGUGGGGGACCUGGGGGGACCCAGCAUGGUGCCUCCCCAGUCCCAGACAGCAACCAGCCUAGCCCUGGAGCCAGCCCUGGCCAGACCAGCACGGUCUCCGGGACCAUUGAGGACCUGCGGCCUCCCAGACGACGUCCACCACCAGGAAAGCAGGUACCCUGCUCCAGCCCUGGCUGCUGCCUCAGUUUCCCCAGCGUGCGUGAUCUGGCACAGCAUCUGCGUACCCACUGCCCGCCCACACAGUCCCUGGAAGGUAAGCUCUUCCGCUGCUCGGCCCUGAGCUGCUCGGAGACCUUCCCCAGCAUGCAGGAGCUGGUGGCACACGGCAAGCUUCAUUACAAGCCCAACCGCUACUUCAAGUGUGAAAACUGUCUCCUGCGCUUCCGCACGCAUCGAUCACUCUUCAAGCAUCUACAUGUUUGCGCCGAGCAUGCACAGAGUCCAGCCCCGCCGCCACCCCCUGCCCUCGACAAGGAGCCGCCAGUGCCGGAGCGCCCCCCAGAGCCCGACCCUGCGUCGGCGCCGGGCCUGCAGUUCCCGCUGCUCGAGCCUUUCACUACCCCCGCCCCUGCCCCCACUGGACCUUUCCUGCCCUAUUUGAACCCCACACCUCUUGGCCUAAGCCCCCCACGGUUGCGCCCCUUCCUGGCCGCCGCACCUGGGCCGCCAGCCUCCAGCGCCGCUGUCUGGAAAAAGAGCCAAGGUGCUGGCAGCAGCCCCCGAAGACCCCAGGGUGGUUCCGACGCGCCCUCAGGGCACGCGGCUGCGAGCCGCAUCGUGUGGGAGCACACGCGCGGCCGCUACUCAUGCAUGCAGUGCGCCUUCUCCACGGCCUCACGGCCCGCCAUGACACUACACUUGGAGGACCAUCGGCCCGCCGCCCCCACGGCCCUGGUGCCUGGGCCGUCGCGUCCCGAACCCCCGGCGGGUAAGGCCGGGGACCGCGUGGGUGGGGAGGGCCCAAGGCCUGCGGUGCAGAGCGAAGUCGAGGCUCAGGUGCCCCCUCCUCUACCCCACCCAGACAUGGCCUCCCUUGCACCCAAGGUGCCAACGGCGCCGCUGUCCGAGGGGGAAUGUCCAGUUUUCUUGCCGAUCUGAACAGGGUCGCAUGGGGGGUUAGAAAGACAGAAGUCAUGGUUUGUGGGCAAUUUUGUAAUUUGAGGGGGGCCGAGGAGAUGGGGGUGGGGAGUGGCACAAUAAAGAUGCUGUGAUGAGA